ACCAGUAGCAGCCGCCACCACCACAGUAACAGAGACACCAGUAGCAGAAAUAGCCGCAGUUGAUACGACAGAAGCAGCAGAAACAGCCUCAGCAGCAGAAUCAACAGCAGCAGCAGCGGCAGAAUCAACAGCACCGGCGGAAAACAACAGCAGCGGCGAAAAUAUACAGCAACAGGAACAGUCGAGGGUAAGAAACAGGAAGAACAUCAGCUAUAAUUGCCGCAAUAAAAAAAACACUCCCGACACGAAAACAUCAAAAAACCACAACUUCAGCAAACACAGGCCGCAAUAAAUACCAGCGGCGACAACAGAAGCAGCAACAAGACCAGCAAGGCGAAGAACAGGGGGGCAAUAGCAGCAGCAGUAGUAGCAGCAAGACCAAGCAGCAUCAGUACCCCAUGGCCACGUCGCAGCCGGCAGCCGGAGACCUCCGACCUCGCGGUGUCGGCUCGAGCUGGGGUCUCGCCGACGGCUGGAAGCAGAGCGUGUGGCGAGGCUGCUGCUUGUGCAUGGCGGGGUUCUUUGGGCUCGCGGCGUACGUGCAGAAAAACGACCCAGAUGCGAGCCUGUGGACGGUAGCGUAUCUAUUCCCAGCUGCCCUUAGCCUUGUGGUGGCGGUGUCGCCUUCAGCUGCAGGCAACCACGCGUGGAAGAGCGUCGUGCACAUGCACGUGGCCGCGUGCCUCUUCGGAGCGUGCCUCCUCGCCGCCGUGGCGCACAGAUCUGGCAAGCGCAUGCACGUGCUGGAGGCGGAGGAGGGCAGGGAGAUCGGAGGGCUCCUCCUCGUCGUCUUUUGGAUGAUUCUCUGCCGCAACUCCCACGAGCCACACGGAGCGACGCUGCGGGCUGGCCUCGGCCUGGUGUUCGUGGCCAUACCCUCCCUCGCCUGGAUCUACACGUCCUUCAACGCCAGAAUCAUGGCCGCCAAUCCCGAGCACUGCAAGAACUCGCUGUGACGCAGUCGCCACAGCGAUAGCACCCACUUCGGAGUGCGAAUUUCGGACUGGGUUGACCCGACAGCAAAGAGACGCAUACUCCAGCUCGCGUGGACCAAUCGCGAUUAAGCGAGCGCGGGUGAGGUGACCGAGCAGGAAAAUUAGGCCGUGGCAAGUGCAGCCUGGUAGGCCAUUCAGCCAUCUCCAAAGCACGGUUUCUGCAGUGGAAAAAGCGGGGGGUUAUCGUAAUGAACGUUAAAAAACAUUAAUCGAUCAGCCACACGACCGUGCACCAUUUCAGCAGUGGAAUUUAAUUUGGAAUUCAAAAGGCAAUUUACAGAUUUUGAGAAAAUAAGAGAGAUAUACAUUGUGUAAGAAAGAUCCCGUGCGCGAUUCCAUCGGGAGGCCUCAAAGAACCGUGGUCUAAUAAAACCCACUCUGCACCC